AUUUGCAAGCGCUGGCUAUUGAACCUUGCUAUUUGUCUCCAUCUGUCGGUAUUUUAGUAGUACACCACCCACAGGAAGUUAUAAACGAAGCGCGCUUGGUAACAAACCGGGCGACAGAAACGACUGCUGAUUAUUAAACAACACUGAAUGAAACUGAGUUUUAAGAAAGCACUUACUUUACACAGUUAUUAUACUUCGUAGCACGUGUUCCUGCGCACCACAGAAACGAAGGGAAUUGUGGCACACCGCAAUUUUUUAGCUAGCUGGGAGUUAUUAUUCUGAUCUCGUACAAGUGUUGCAGGAGGUUCGCGCCAGCAUGUCUGUGUCUGUGAUCAUUAAAUGGGGAGGGCAGGAGUACUCUAUCAGGACACUCUCCGAAGAGGACACUGUGCUGGACCUCAAGCAGUCCAUCAAGUCCCUGACAGGGGUUCUCCCAGAGAGGCAGAAACUCCUAGGAUUAAAGGUCAAAGGCAAACCAGCAGAGGACCAAGUGAAGCUUGGUUCACUAAAGCUGAAACCCAAUACCAAGAUCAUGAUGAUGGGCAGCAGGGAGGAGAGUCUGGAAGACGUUUUAGCACCUCCCCCGGAGAAUGAUGACGUUGUCAAUGACUUUGACAUUGAAGAAGAGGUGAUUGAAGUACAGAACAGAGAGGAGAACUUGGCCAAGAUAGCCCGCCGUGUGAAAGACUACAAAGUGGAGGGGAUGAACCCACCCAGGGAAGGAAAGAGUCUGUUGGUACUAGAUGUGGACUACACGUUGUUUGAUCACAAGUCAUGUGCCGAGACGGGACAGGAGCUCAUGAGGCCUUUUCUCCAUGAGUUCCUGACCUCGGCGUAUGAGGACUAUGACAUCGUCAUCUGGUCUGCCACGAGUAUGAAGUGGAUUGAUGCUAAAAUGAAAGAGCUGGGAGUGACAGACAACCCUAACUACAAGAUCACCUUCAUGCUGGACAGUGCAGCCAUGAUCACCGUGCACACGCCUAAGAGGGGUGUAGUGGAGGUGAAGCCUCUUGGGGUGAUAUGGGGAAAGUACAGUGAGUUCUACAGCAAGAGGAACACUAUCAUGUUUGACGACAUUGGUAGAAAUUUCCUAAUGAACCCACAGAACGGCCUGAAGAUUCGUCCAUUCAUGAAAGCGCACUUAAACCGUGAGAAAGACAAAGAGCUCUUCAAACUCUCUCAGUAUCUUAAAGAGAUUGCCAAACUGGAGGACUUCUCAGGUCUCAACCAUAAGCACUGGGAGAGGUAUCGUGCAAAGAAACAAAGCCAGUGAGAGCAAUGUUGUGGAUGUGUGAAGGGAUGGUCAUUCCUCAACCAGGAACAGUGCUGGACACUCAAGCCCUCACAAAAAUACUACUGCCUGUUUCUGACUGGGAGCUGUUUCCUAUUGUUUGGCUUUUU